AAACAUGGGAGAAUGGAUAUAGAGGUGGUAUGACAUUGAAGUUCUGGAGGCAGCGGAAGAGCUCCGGGUGGCACGUGCGGCGGACAUGCGAUGCCACCACCGAUCGAUAUCAAUAUUGUCUUCUUAUAUCGGGGUCGAACGGGAAAACAGCAACUGGAAUGCGACAAUUCACAAUACCAGCAUGCUGUAGGAGAUAUUCAAUCACUAUAAGAAAGCAGCUCUGGUCCGGUAUCGCAAUCUCAGCUACGACUACUUGUUAUCAAUCUAAUCGCUGUUGUGGGAUAUAUAAGAGCAUAAUCUGCUAAAAAAUCAGAUCACAUUCUUUUACCGAUUUUUUCAAUUUAUUCUCAUCUUCUGCAAAUUCACAAUUCUAAAAAUCAAUUCAUACCAAACUCCAAAAUGCAACCAGACUGGUGGCCCGGAGAGGUUCAUGAUCAAUUCACAGAAUGGGCCGCUUCCCAAGGAAUUGUCAUGAAUGGAGUCGCCCCGGCGAGAUUUCCAGGUCGCGGCUUGGGAAUGAUAGCUACUCGUAAUAUCAUGAAAGAUGAAAAGAUAGUGAUAGUGCCAUUGGAUGCCAUGGUGACUUCUCAAUGUCUUCCUGAGGCAUUUCGCAGGAAAUUCCCCGAAGGGACCUCCACCCAUGCAUUAUAUGCUGCGUUUUUCACCCAUGGGGACCCAGAAGAUCUCGAAAAAUACGAGCUCUGGAGAAAAACUUGGCCUCACCCUCAAGACUUUGAAGACAGCAUGCCCAUUCUGUGGCCCCAGGCCUUGCGAGCCUCCAACUCGAAAUAUGACAGCCACUCGACUCAGUCAGUUCUUCUUCCUCCAUCAAUAUCCGGCUCUUGGGAUGGAAUCCCCAAAAAUAGGGGUGGGCAUGAAUACGACACUUUCCAUCAAAACCUGCUUCCCCAGCAAGAGAAGAGACUUCAUGAUGCGUGGAGUACUGUUGUGUCCGUUUUUCCUGAUACAGAUUGGGAUACCUUUGCAUAUCACUGGCUCAUUGUCAAUACGAGGAGUUUCUUUUAUCUGAUGCCUGGUGACGAGGCACCAGAAGACCGCAAUGAUGCCAUGGCACUAUUGCCAUUUGCAGAUUACUUUAACCAUUCAGAUGUGGCAUGUAAUGUGAAUUUCGAUGGUGCAAACUACGUCUUCCGGGCUACAAAGAAUUAUGAACAAGGAGAAGAAAUAUACAUGAGCUAUGGAGCUCACCCAAAUGAUUUUCUGUUUGCUGAAUACGGGUUUUUCCUCGAUGAUAAUGAAUAUGAAUCAUUAUAUCUCGAUGAUAUUAUAUUCCAAGAUUUCGACGCAUCCCAGCAUGAGGAACUGGAUUUACAGCAAUACUACGGUAAUUAUCAAUUAACUGCCACUGGCGCCUGUUUCCGCACUGAAAUCGCUGCCUGCAUUAAGUAUAUGACACGCAGAGACUGGCGGAAUUAUGUUCUCGGCCAUUCCAUGAAGGGUGUUGACGACAAUAAGACCCAGGCCACUAUCCAAGAAUGGAUAAAGAUUUAUGCCAAAGAGGCGGAUAGGAAAAUCGCCACUUUGGAGGCUAUGAAAUCCAGCGGAGAGAACCAGAUACAUAGCGGAAAGAUUGAUAUGCUCCUGAAACGAUGGAAGCAGAUCAAGCAUCUCUGCGACGAAGCCUUGAAAGCUGAUUCCUGCUAAAAUACAGGGAAGGACUUGUAGAUUGAAGCUGGUUACCUCU